UGGUUGUUAUAGUGAUAAACUGAGGCCUUGCCUCUUGGCUUCUGAGAGAGAGAGAGAGAGAGAGAGAGAGAGAGAGAGAGAGAAAGGGGCGGGGGGGUAACCUCUUUACUUCCUCGAGGGAAGACAGCAAGAAGAGGAGAAGAAUGGGGGGGGGGGAUACGUGGGGAGGAGAAAAAUACGUGACAAAGAAAACAUUCUCUGCCUGGGAGGAGACUCUUUAAGGGUGUAGAGCUAGAGGGAGCAUUCACUGGCCAUGCCAGUAGUUACCACUGAUGCUGAGUCAGAAACAGGUAUCCCAAAAUCCCUUUCCAAUGAGCCUCCCUCAGAAACCAUGGAGGAAAUAGAGCACACAUGCCCACAGCCUCGACUGACCCUGACGGCACCUGCUCCAUUUGCUGAUGAAACCAACUGCCAGUGCCAAGCACCCCAUGAAAAACUGACCAUUGCUCAGGCCCGCUUAGGAACACCAGUGGACAGGCCUGUCAGAGUAUACGCCGAUGGAAUAUUUGACCUCUUCCACUCGGGUCAUGCAAGGGCCCUUAUGCAAGCAAAAACACUGUUUCCCAACAGCUAUUUGUUGGUAGGAGUUUGCAGUGAUGAUCUCACCCACAAAUUCAAAGGUUUCACCGUGAUGAAUGAAGCGGAGAGAUACGAAGCUCUCAGACACUGUCGCUAUGUAGACGAAGUAAUCAGAAAUGCUCCCUGGACACUCACGCCAGAGUUUCUGGAAAAACACAAGAUUGACUUUGUGGCUCAUGAUGACAUUCCAUAUUCCUCUGCUGGCUCUGAUGAUGUUUACAAGCACAUAAAGGAAGCAGGGAUGUUUGUUCCAACACAGAGAACAGAAGGCAUCUCAACAUCGGACAUCAUUACCAGAAUUGUUCGUGACUAUGAUGUUUAUGCACGACGCAACCUCCAGAGAGGGUAUACAGCCAAGGAACUGAAUGUCAGCUUUAUAAAUGAGAAGAGGUACCGUUUCCAGAACCAGGUGGACAAAAUGAAGGAAAAAGUCAAGAAUGUAGAGGAAAGAUCAAAGGAAUUUGUGAACAGAGUGGAAGAAAAGAGCCAUGAUCUAAUUCAAAAGUGGGAAGAGAAGUCAAGGGAAUUUAUUGGCAACUUCCUAGAAUUGUUUGGACCUGAUGGAGCAUGGAAGCAGAUGUUCCAGGAGAGGAGCAGCCGGAUGCUGCAGGCCUUAUCCCCGAAGCAAAGUCCUGUGAGCAGCCCAACCCGGAGCCGGUCCCCUUCCCGCUCCCCCUCACCCACCUUCUCAUGGCUCCCACUCAAAACCUCACCCCCUUCCUCACCCAAAGCAGCCUCAGCCUCCAUCAGCAGCAUGAGCGAGGGGGAUGAGGAUGAGAAGUAGAGGCUGCUGGCAGGAAAGAGCCACACCACACAGGAUGGGGAGGAGGGCGAGGGUCACAGGGGGUACCUGGGUGGUGUUUGAAGGGUGAUAGUCACAGGAGCUGCAGCUCAGCAAGGAGACCCUGAACUCUGCUAAGGGAAGGUCUUGGGACCAGUUCUCUCUCACUCUCCAUACAGCUCAAGAGUUGGGUGAGGCGCCGAGAUUUCGAGCGGGACAACCUACACAAACCUUCUUAGCAUCAUCUAGAAUCACUCUAACCUUGCUAAGAAAGGAUGCAGAGUGCCCCAGAGAGACUUGCGCUGAUGGGGUGACUUCUGCUUUGGUCCUUCCACCCACCCCCACCAAGUAAACCACCUGUGGAAGCAGCUGUUCCCUCAGCCCGCUACUUCUGCCUCCGUAAGGGUCCUGCACGUUGCCUCCCACCAUCCCAGCUCUUCCAGAAUAAAAUUGUUUCCAAUA